CAAUGCCAUAGCAACAACACAGACCAUUGUGACCCAGCAGGUGAAUUCAACCGGGUACAUUUAUAAAGACUUUCCACAGGCAGAUAUGGUAUCUGGGAAAAAAGGACUUGAAUCGAGAUCAUGUCCAUCAAACAGGAUUCUGGAACUUGCACAACACAAAGAAUACAAAACAGUGUGGGUCACAACACCUUGUCCAAAGCUUACCUGGGGAAAUCAGGAGUCAAUAUGGCCUCUGUCUUACUCAGCGCUGGCUGCAGUUCCAACAGAGAGAAUCCAAUACCUAGCUAAGCACAAAAGAGACUUCUCAGCAUGGGAGGACCACCUGAGGAAAGACGAGGAGGUGAUCUCCUCCAGGAAGACAUUACGUUCUUCCUCCAAGACGGCCCAGUACGAGUGUGUUGUCCGCCUGUCAACACCUAAGACCAGGUCCCGAAGCUCCCAGGAAAUGGGGCCUCCUCACACAUCGUGUUGUGAGUACAGCUGCCCUAUCUGGCACAUAGACACCAGAGUGAGAACUGCUGAGACCACUCCACGGCUACUACAGCUAGCCAAUCCCAAAGCGAACCACCUCAACUUCAAAAGCAACAGGGAGAAAGUGGAGACGUACAUUUCCUAUGCUGCCAAAACGGCCCAGACCACUCACAGGCUGGACCAGCUCUCGCUGCCCAAGUUGAGGGACAGUAAAAUGUUCUUUGAGCGGGGACAUCCAGAGGACUCCAUUUGGCCAGUGUCAAGGGGAGCCCGUCAAGCCACAGCAACUUUACGACUUCAAACUCUAUCAGCUCCUAAGGGACUUAAUAAGGACUACAUCCCUCUAAGAGACCUGCCACCUUUAUGAGCUUUCUUCUCCAUCAAUGUCCAUGUUGGUGCACAAUGUACUAGGAAAAUGGCCGCUGAGAAAAGCAAAAUAAAUGGGUACCAAGUACUCAAGGGGUCUCUAAUAAGACAACGUCUUGUGCUUUUUAAAAAAUCUGUUUGGCGCCAGAGCCGAGAUGGGAAAACCGGACGCUUUUGUCCCCCACUGGUUUUGCAAUCAUGUGCAUUGAGAUGUGUGCUUGGAGCUCUUUUUGACGAAAUCGAAGCAAUACAUUACAUUGCCUUUAGCAAACAGCCAAACCAAACUAUUGCUUUAUUCCAGUAGGCUCUCUUUCCAGAAGAAUGUGUUUUCGUCUUUUGAAAUGAGAGCAAAGGUAUGAUAAAAGGAUCCACAUGUGUUUCUACAUUUCAAUCAUUCUGGGUUCUCUGUUUAUAUCAAAACCACCUGUUGUAAAGAUUCCUCACGUGUUUUCCUUGAGAUAGUGAAAUCUCCUAGAUUGAUUCAAAACCACAUUCUCUCCCCAGGAGCUUUAAAUGUCAGCCUCCCAGUCUGUGACCACUGUUUAAUUUACAAAAGGCACCAUGACCUCUGUUUUGAAAUACACCGUAAUCCCGGUUACACCACAGGCACAUGUGAGCAUUACCUAAAAGUGGACACAAUGGCUUUCGAUGGGGCCAUGUGGAUUUAGAGCGGUGCGGGAGGGAUGGCGGAGCCGCCAUGAGUGUAGGGCCCGAGCGGAGAGGCGAACAGACCUCGGAGGCUAGACUUCAAAUCAGAUCCAAGCGUCCAACUGGGACCUAAUCUUGGAUAAGCCAGCAAUGACUGUGACCUUGGACUGCAGGAUAAAGAGGGAUAGAGUGGAAGGUGGAGGAGGCUGAGGAGGAGUGUAAUGACCGUUGGUGCCUCCCACUGGUUGACUCACUUCCCAUGGAGCACCUGUUCCUAAAGAGGAGCUCUGAUCUAUGCUUCUGGUUAUCUGUCUGUGUGUGGCAGCCAGCUCUGACACAUUCAUCAAGCUCCAGCUGACACUGAUAGGCUCUGAGUGGGGUGGCUGUCUCACUGUCUGGAUCCCGCCGGUUAGAUGAGAUGUUGACGCUUGCAGAGUAUUAGUGAGACUGAUCUGGUUUUGGCAGAGAACUGCAACGCUAUAUUAAACUACACUUUUUAUAAAGGGUUUCUAAACUGUCCGUAAGUAGUUUAUAGACAGUUCAUUAUGGAUGUAGCAAUUGGUAAUAAACUGUGUGUGUAAAUAUAUCCCCUCUUUAAACACCUGAAUGAAGAUCACAUUUUUAGCUACUGAGUGAAACUAGCUACUUUCACAUUUAGCCACUUAAACCCUAUGAAGAGCUGUCUGCACACAUCUAUUUCCUAUCAACUCUUCACUUCCUCAACAGUUAAGUAUGCAAACAAAUGUCAUGGUCCAUUUU